GUAUACGUACACGAAUAUGAGCCGCAUAUUAAUCAAGAGCUUUGCAAGAUGCAGAGCGCGAGCUUGACGUCUCGCAAUGCAGGGGGGGCGUAUGAGACGGCGAGUGGGUUUGAAGGGCCGGCGAUGGAGAACAUCGAGAACUUCUUGCAGAAAGGAGCGGCUAUGACGCAUAUCAAUGCACAUCUGAUUGAUAGCAAGAUCAGAAAUGUAAACUGCACAGCGAGAUCGCCAGGUCAGGACCCAAGAUGGACAUAAUGCAGUAUGCUACCAACAGAGAAUCCAGUCAAAAUAACAAUUUCGCCUUCCCGUCUUCAAAAGCAACCCAAUCAGUGCCGCUCUUGUUUUUGCACAUCGGUCUUCGAUUUUCGAAGGAAGUUCUCAUCUCCACCUCCACCAAAGUCUUCGCCUAAGAUACCGCCACCACUUCCGCCAAAGGGUCCACCAGGCCCUCCUCCAAUACCAGCGAUGUUGUUGUUCUUCACUGAGACUCCGCCAUUAAAGCUCUUGCGCUUCUCACGAAGCGCCUGCUUGUUGACCUCGAUGAGUUCUUCUGAUUCCUUACUGGAUCCGGAGCCCAUGAUUGUUGUUGUGUGCUCGAUCAAGUGUGUGCACAGUCGUCAGGAACGUUCUUUUUCUGAGAUGUCUCGUCCUGCAACAAGUACUCGGAGACCUAUACUGGGUGACGGAAGAGGUGAUGUGAAUGGUAUGUUGUAUUCACGAUUGAUGAUUGUGGCGUGUGUUGUCGAUAUAUGGUAAACGUUGCGAUCGCAAUUGCCGUAAUUUCCACCUUUCAUAUACUCUCCGUCCCCUACUAUGUCUCCACAGUUCACUUCCGGAUGAUCCUCUACAGCCUCACUAUUAUGGAACCCGGCUCCCUCACAUAGCCACAUUCGACGUUCGGGCUGCU